UAUCAAACGCAAAUUCUUUUUUUUCCCAUAUGUUGGGCCAUAAUAAUAAUAAUAAUAACAAGAGAGAGAAAGAGCUUUUGAUAAGAGAUCAUAUGGAAAAUAAUAAUAAGGCUACAAAGAACUUACCAAUAUUGUUUUUAUUGGUAUGUUCUUUAACUCUAAAUGUUUUGUUUAUGUUUAAGAGAGUGAGAGUAGUUUUUGAUGAUGAAAAAAGUAGUGGUGAUGAGCUGAGUUGGAGUAGAAGGGCGGCAAGGGAAGCUGAGAGAGUGGCAGCCAUCUCAUGCUCCGGCCAUGGAAGAGCUUACAUCGAUAGCAGCUUGGUCGUUGAAGAAGAAGAAGGACCUGUUUGUGAGUGCAAUUCUUGCUAUUGGGGCUUUCACUGUGAAAACUUCCUUCCUUCUUGUCCUGCAAAUGCCCAAAGCGGAGAUCCAUUAUUCUUGGAGCCAUUUUGGAUGGAAAAUGCAGGCAGCAGUGCAAUGUUGGUGGCUGGUUGGCACAGAAUGAGUUACACCUUCAACCAAUCAGGUUUCAUGUCCAAACAGCUUGAGGCUCGAAUUCGCCAAAUGCAUGCCAUUGUUGGAAAUGCAGUGACUGAGGGAAAAUACAUUAUUUUUGGAACUGGCUCAGCACAGCUUAUCAAUGCUGCUGUUCAUGCCCUUUCACCUCAUAAUAAUUCUUCUAAUUCUCCUUCUAUAGUUGUACCUAUAAUCCCUUAUUACCCGCUUUACAAAUUGCAAACAGAGUAUUUUCAAGAGGUCAAUUACAAAUUUGAAGAUGAUUCAACUUUGUGGAUGAACAAGAUGAACAACUACUCUAAUGAUAACAAUACUAAUACUAUCAAUCUAAUUGAAAUAGUAACCUCACCAAACAAUCCUGAUGGGCAACUCAAUCGUGCUCGUCUUCAACACCCAAUGGCCAAAGCUAUUUACGAUCGAGUCUAUUAUUGGCCACAUUUCACUGCAAUUUCUACUCCAGUUGAUGAUGAUAUUAUGCUCUUUUCACUUUCCAAGCUGACUGGCCAUGCAGGCAGUAGAUUUGGAUGGGCAGUGGUGAAGGAUGAGACUGUGUUCACAAGAAUGAGUAAACACUUGAGUGUGAACACCAUGGGAGCUUCACAUGAGUCUCAGUUACGAGCUCUACAUCUUAUGGAAGUAAUUAUUGAAGGGAAAGAAGGGGAGACAGUAUUUGAUUUUGGAUAUAAAACAAUGAGAAAUCGUUGGGAAAAAUUGAACGAGAUCAUAUCUGUCUCUAAACGCUUUUCCCUUCAGAAAUUAGAAUCUCAAUACUGUAAUUUCUUCCACAAAAUUAGAGCACCUUCACCAGCUUAUGCAUGGUUGAAGUGCCUAAGAAAAGAAGAAGAAAAAGACUGCUCUGCAGUUCUCACUGCAGCAAAUAUAAAUGGCCGCAGUGGAAGCACUUAUGGCGAUGAAGACAAGUAUGUACGACUUAGCCUCGUACGGACCCAGGAUGACUUUGAUAAUCUACUCAGCCGACUCAAGAUUUUAAUCUCAGAAGAAGACAGUGCCAAAUCUAUUUGACUCUUCUGUUUAUCUUUAGUAUAUUCACAAAUCAAGAAAGAUCAUACCUUGUGAUCUUUUCUUCGUUAUUAAAAUUAAGGUUCAUAGUUUAUGAACUGUUGGUAUUUCAAUAUUCAAAAUUUGUCAAAAGGACCAAGAAUCUCGGUCUCAGUUGAACUUGUCCACAGUUGUAUUUAUCAUCAAACUCUUUUAAUUGUUUUUAGAAUUUGGAAAUAAAUUAAAUUUAAACCA